AUGAAGCUGCUGUUUCUAAGUCUGAGUCUGGCCCUAGUCUGUGCCCAAGAGGAAGGAAACAAUGACGUUGUGACGAGCAAUUUCAAUCUGCGCAAGAUUUCAGGAGGAUGGUAUUCCAUCCUCUUGGCCUCUGACCAUAAGGAAAAGAUAAAAGAAAAUGGUAGCAUGAGGAUUUUUGUAGAACAAAUCCAAGCCCUGAAGAACUCCUCUUUGUACUUUAAAUAUCAUACAUUAGAAAAUGGAGAAUGCAGUGAAAUUUCUUUUGUUUGUGACCAAACAGAAAAGGAUGGUGAAUGUGCUGUUGAAUAUGAUGGACAUAAUAUAGCUGUUAUCCUUGAAACCAACUAUACUGACUAUUUGAUUUAUUUCACCAAGAAUUACAAGAAUGGGGAAACAACCCACGUUAUGGAGCUCUAUGGCCGAAAACCGGAUGUGAGCUUAAAACUUAAGAAAAAGUUUUUGGAAUAUUGUAAAAAACAUGGAAUUGCUAAGAAAAAUAUAAUUGACUUGACCAAAGUUGAUCGCUGUCUCCAGUACCAAGACGGGGCACAGGCCCAGGAUCCAGGUUGGUGUUCUCUGAUCCUGGAGGAGAGGAACAAUAGACAAGUACUGGCUGACCAUCUGGUGAAGAGAGAGUGUUGGCACAGUUUGUCAGACCCAGUCAGCAGCACCGAGAGCCAGUACCCAGCUGCUAGUGUUCCCACAGCCUAA